UUCAUCGCGAACUGUUCCACACGUGCAUUCUACAUUUUUGAAUUCAUCUCACAAAUUGAAAGUCGACCAAACGAUUAUUUAUUUAUUCAUUUUUUAAAACCACAAUUAUGAAAGUACAAAAAAGCAUUGACGAAGAACAAGCAGCAACAGUUGAGGAACAUUUUCAAGCUCUAAUUGAUGAUGACAGUAGCAUCGAUGAUAAAAUAGAAAAAUCAUCAUAUGAAAAUUUACCUGAAUGGUAUAAUGAAGAAUUAUUUAAAGCAGGACAAUGUUACUAUCGUCGAAAUCUUUUGUCAAUGGCUGUUGUUUCGAUACUUGGUGUACUAUCAGUUAUUAUAAUUCCAACAAUACUAAGGGUAUUGGUUUGGACAAAAAAAAGUGGUACAACAUGCACAGCAUUCAAGAGAUAUCUCGAGACAAUAAUUCACAUUCAUUCAUUGUACACUGCUGAUAUUAAUAAUCCAAAUUCACGAUGGUGGAAAAGUUUGAAUGAAAUAAAAUUAAAACAUGCAACAAAUAGUAGAAGAAGUGGUGAAUCUGGUCCUGGUGGUAUUUAUCAACGUGAUAUGGCCUUGACACAAUUUGGAUUUAUUGGAUAUGCACUUCUUGUACCUGAUAAAUUAGGAUUGACUAAUUUAAAACAUGAAAGAAAUGGACUCAAUCAUUUUUGGCGAGUUGUUGGAUACAUGCUUGGUAUUUCAAACAAAUUAAAUAUUUGUCGUAAAGAUGAAAUUGAAACAACUGCAUUAUGUAGAUUAUUACAAGAUAAAAUUUAUGCAAAACAUAUGAAUGAUGAACCAGAAAAAUUUAACGAAAUGGCACUGGCACUUCUUGGUGGAUUGUGGUACAUUGACUUGACUAUUGAUGCUGAUUGCAUUUUGUAUUUUUGGUACGAAAUUAGUGGACUUAAAUAUGCAAAACCAUUGGGAAUUUACAGUCAAAUUAAUUACAAAUAUAGAAAAUUUGUUGUUUAUUUACUUGAAACUCCAAUUAUUGGCUUUUUUAUAAGGGAAUAUUUUAAUUAUUAUUUAUCAUUUUGUUACUGGUUGGCUGAGGUAUUUCCAAUUUUUGCAAAAUUACGAUUUGGAAAUGUUCAUAGUAAAAUUCAUCUAUACACAUAUUCGAAAUGAAUUUUUUAUUGAAAUUUAUAUUAAUCUCAAAACAAGAGUAUUUUUUUCAUAUUUUUUAUCUUUAAAUUAAUUAUUAAAUAUAUAAAAUAAAAAUAAAAAAAAACUACCACCGUUAAUUAAUCAAAUACAUAUAUUUUUUAUUGUUAAAAAAGAAAAGAAAAGAAAAGAAAACAAUAUUUUGAUUAUCUUAAAUGGUAAUUGUAUUUUUCUAAUUUGUUAUUUGUAAAAUAAAAUAAAAAAAAUCUAAUCAGCCUGAUAUUUUUUUUUAAAAAAACAA